CACGGAGAGCUCGAGUCGAGUAGAGGUAGUUCAGGUCAGCUGGUCGGAGAUCCAUCGAUCCGUCGAUCCCGGCACCUGUCAAACGCGCAUCACAUCGCAUCGACCGCUUGUUUAUCGACGUCGACACGUCACGCGAUCAGAGAUCGAGACUCCGUUUUACCAACGAAUCGUUUCUUUCGCACGCAACCAAUCGACGUGCCGGUCGAUCAGUGAAAACAAACAAAGUUACCGAUACGAUAUUCGCACGCUGUUGCCUCGUUCCUCGAUAUCAGUGAGAAGAUUUUACGUCGAGUUCUCCGGACUAUGAGACGUUAGGGGAUCAACGUCUCCGAUAGAGUGACUUUGCGAAGAGUACGCGCGCAUCGCAGGUGUUCGAUCGCGGUCCAAGAAUGACAGUAAUAAGGAUGACCUCCCCGGUGACGCCUCCAUCGACCAGUCCAGGUUCGAACGAGGCACAAGCGCCCCAACCUACCUCGAAGCCGGUACAUCGGUUAAGCUUCUCCGUCGCCGCGCUCUUGGCCGAUACCAAGAGGCCGGAUCCCAGACAGGAGACGUCAUCGGUGUCACCAAGGUCGUCGCCGAUCGCAUCCUAUUCGCCCGUCAGGCAAGAACACUCGACGCUUGUUCCAAAUCCGACGAUACAAAGGUACCCGGUAGACUACAGGGCGAGGUACCUCUCCGUCUCUCCCAAUGUUCACGAGCCGAGGCCGAAUCGGUAUUCUGCCUGCGAGUCGUCCAGGAACGCCAUCGACGCACGAAUAUUCACCAGGUUAAACGACGCGGAACUGGACAGGAUAGAGUCGUCCGAUCGACGCUCCGCGUCCAGAACUCUCGACUACGUUGUUCAAACAUCGACGGACUCCGCGUCAACGUCGGACGUGGCGUGUUCCACGUCUCCCAAAACCUCAACGGCCAGUCAACCGGAGUUUGGCUCGCAGUCCCCGAGGAGCAGCUCGCACGGAGCUCGAUCCAGGUGCUCCGAGACCGAGGAUAUCGAGGAAGAAGACGAGAACAGCUUGGUCGACGUUGAAGAGCUCCAACAUCAGCAUCUCGGUAGCAGCCCAACCCCCGUGAGACCGACGCCAGCUUACAUCGGUGGAUUUUCCAGCCUGGGGAGCAUCUCUGGCAUUCCGCCUAGCCUCCAUCCGGCUGUUUGGGGUGGCGGUCAUCAGGGUGCAGCCGCAGCCGCGGCCGCGGCCGCAGCGGCCGCCACCGCCAGCUUCUUCCCCUCGCACUUCUCUCAUCACGCGCCACUAAACGAGAACGGCGAACCGCCCAAGAUCAAGUGCAACCUGAGGAAACACAAGCCGAACCGGAAGCCGAGGACGCCUUUCACCACGCAACAAUUGCUGGCGCUCGAGAAGAAGUUCACAGAAAGGCAAUACCUCAGCGUCGCGGAACGGGCCGAGUUCUCGUCGUCUCUUCAUCUCACGGAAACACAGGUGAAGAUCUGGUUUCAAAACCGCCGAGCAAAAGCGAAGCGCAUGCAGGAAGCCGAGAUUGAGAAAUUGAGGAUGUCAGCGGUCAGGCAACAUCACACGGCGCUGUACGGAUCUCAUCCGGGACUGUUGGCCUCGGCGAGCCUCUACCAAGUCGGAAUGCUAUCUCAUCCCGGCAUAACGCCGCAUCAUUCGAUCUCUCAGCACCCGUCCAGAGAAUGAGACCGACCGAAGGAUACGGAGCUUCGCCGCGAUCGGUAGCGUAUCGAUCUGACCCACCUCCGAAGUUCGAUCGAGCGACUCGGGGACCGUGCCUUCGAGGAUUCGCCGGAUGACCCGAAAUUCGUCGAAGGUAAAUCGAGACUGGCUGACGGAGAAUCGAGUUCGAGCUAAGUAGCUCGGUGAAAAGCCGAAUCGAAACAGAACGCGUUAACGGAAGAUCUGAUCGAAGCUGAAUGCGUUGACAGACUCUAAUUAAAUUAGAUCAAAGCCGAAUGCGUUUACGAAGAGGCGUAUCAACGCGGAAGGCGUCAACGCGAAUUGGACCAAAGCUGAACGCGUUGACAACGAGUCGAAACAAAGAGGAUCGCAUCAACGGAGUAUCCGGACCAAAGAUGAAUCGAGUUGAAACGGAAUUCGUCGAAAUACUCUGCGAGUUUUAACGGAAAUCCGAUCGUCGACGGAGUUCGUCAGAGCUCUGGAAAGUACGUUUUCGAUUCGAUACCUUGAGACUACUCUACCUUGCCGCUUUCCUAAUCGAAGACGAUGAAGUGGUCUUCGGCUCCAUGAAAAGGCAGCGCGUAUCUUGAAUCUGUGCCAAUUUCGGACGCGUGUUUUUGCGUGUCCUGUACAUACAGUGUAAAUAUCGUCGUUCUCGAAUCGAAAUUAAACGUAAUUUUGUAAAUACGAUGUUCGUCGAGCGUAAAAUGGGCGUAGCCUAAGAACUCGCAGGAUCGGUAGACAGAUGCCACCGAGCCUUUUUUCCAAUUUUGUAUAAAUGUACAACCGUCGUCGAGGAAGUAGAAGCGUUUAUUUAAUAAAUCGCAAUAUCGAA